AUGGAGGUGGACGAGAUUCAAACGCAGGGACACAAGUUUCCAAGGAUAGGUAACGGUAGAGGUGAUUGUAACAAGAUAGGGCAAAAGGGGGAAGAACGAUAUCCUGAUGAUGAAGAAGAUGGAGAAAUCAAAAGGAGCGGCGGCGGUGGGAUUGAGAUUGGCGGUGGCGGUGGACAGCAAGGUUUGCUUCGGGAUCGCCGUGUUCGCCUCUCGGUCACCACCGCUAUUCAGUUUUACGAUCUUCAAGAUCGUUUGGGUUAUGAUCAGCCUAGCAAGACUAUAGAGUGGCUUCUUAAAGUGGCCGCUAAGUCCAUUGAUGAACUUUCUUCUAUAAAUACUUCAUUUCCAGACACUCCUCAGCAAUUGAGCGAUGAAAAGAGGUCGAGUGCUGGUACUGAACAAGGGUUUGAUUCGGCCGAUUUGGAAUUAGGUGGUGGUGAUCAGACUUUUCAUCAUCAGAAGCACCAACAGCAACAACAACAGUAUGUUUCUUUGUCGAGAGCAAGAGAGAGAAGGUUGCUAGCAUGUCUUGUGAUUUCUUGGGUGCUGUUUUGCUGGUGGAUCAUUAGUGGUGCUGUCCGGUGACACUGAAAAUGAGAAAUGGAAUUAGAAAUUGAUGCGAGUUGGGCGUAUUUAUGGGAUUUUGGGGAUAUGAAAGGGACUGAACCUAUGUUUUGUAAUGGGGGUGAAGCUUAGUUUUGUAAUGUUCUGUUGUUUUGUGAAAUGAGAAUGAACCUGUGUUCUGUAUA